AUGGCGAAUCACGGAGGUUGCGGCGGCGGUGAACAUAUGUACGAUGAGUUAUGGAAAUUAUGCGCGGGACCUCUGGUUGAUGUUCCUCAACCUGGGGAAAGAGUUUUUUACUUUCCUCAAGGUCACAUGGAGCAACUCGAAGCGUCGACGCAAAAGGACUUGAAUACGAUGAAGCCGCUUUUCGAUCUUACUCCAAAGAUUCUCUGCAGCGUCAUGAACGUCCGUCUUCAGGCGGAGAAAGAUACGGAUGAUGUAUAUGCCCAGAUUACUUUGAUCCCUGAAGGAACACAACUUGAUGAACCUACGAGUCCUGAUCCCUCUCCUCCUGAGUCGCAAAGGCCAAAAGUUCACUCUUUCAGCAAGGUUUUGACAGCGUCUGAUACAAGCACGCACGGUGGAUUCUCUGUUUUGAGGAAGCAUGCGACGGAAUGCCUUCCUCCGCUGGAUAUGACGCAGCAAACCCCGACUCAAGAGUUAGUAGCCGAAGAUGUGCACGGUUAUCAGUGGAAAUUCAAGCAUAUCUUUAGAGGCCAACCGCGGAGACAUCUUUUAACGACAGGGUGGAGCACGUUUGUCACAUCAAAGAGAUUGGUUGCUGGGGACACCUUUGUAUUCCUGAGAGGGGAGAACGGAGAGUUGCGUGUUGGUAUCAGACGUGCUAAUCGUCAACAGAACAGUAUGCCUUCAUCUGUCAUAUCGAGUCAUAGCAUGCAUCUUGGAGUGCUUGCUACUGCUUGCCAUGCUACUCAAACCCGAACCAUGUUCACCGUAUACUACAAGCCAAGGACAAGCCAGUUCAUCAUCAGCUUGAACAAAUACCUAGAAGCCAUGAACAAUAAGUUCUCUGUAGGGGUGAGAUUUAAGAUGCGGUUUGAGGGAGACGAUUCACCUGAGAGAAGAUAUUCUGGCACGGUUGUUGGCCUUAAAGACUGCUCCCCUCAUUGGAAAGACUCAAAGUGGCGAUGCCUAGAAGUUCAUUGGGAUGAGCCUGCAUCGAUUUCAAGACCCGAUAAGGUUUCACCAUGGGAAAUCGAGCCGUUUUCAGCUUCAGAAAAUGUUCCUCAGUCAGUGAUGAUGAAAAACAAAAGGCCCCGUCAAGUUAGUGAAGUAUCUGCACUUGAUGUAGGCAUGACAACUUCAAACCUUUGGAGUUCUGUAAUGACGCAACCCCAUGAGUUUGCACAAUCGUGCAUCACCUCACAGAGGACUUCUCCUCACCAAUAUCAUCGUGAUGCAACUGAGGAUACGAAGAAUUCUGAUUGGCGAAUGAGCUCUUUCUCGGUGUCCAAUGCGUCAAAAGAGUCAACACUGAACGACCAAAUGGUCUUCCCAGUCGAUCAGAAGAAACCAGAGACGACCGCUAGUUAUAGAUUAUUUGGAAUUGAUCUGAUGAGUCCCCCUUUACCUGCUUCCGAGGAGAAAACUGCACCCAUCCGACCAAUCAACAUAACCAAACCGACUCUAGAGAGCAACUCAGAUCCAAAAUCCGAGAUUUCGAAAGCAUCAGAAGAGAAGAAGCAGGAACCUGCGCAGGCAUCACCAAAAGAGGUCCAGAGCAAGCAAAGCAGUUCUACAAGAAGCCGUACCAAAGUGCAGAUGCAAGGCAUACCAGUGGGCAGGGCUGUGGAUUUAACAGUACUAAGUGGGUACAGUGAGCUUAUAGACGACCUUGAGAAGCUGUUUGACAUAAAAGGCGAACUGCAGAGUCGUAAUCAUUGGGAAAUAGUGUUCACAGACGAUGAGGGAGAUAUGAUGCUUGUCGGUGAUGACCCAUGGCCUGAGUUCUGCAACAUGGUGAAGAGAAUAUUCAUAUGGUCAAAGGAGGAAGUGAAGAAGAUGACGCCGGGAAACAAACUCCGGAUGCUAUUAACGGAAGUUGAAACAACAUUAACAACGACAACAACAACCUUAAAAACAGAUAACCACUCCAACUAG